UUCUUCAUGCAUCAGCCUCCAGCUGUUAGUUUGAAUGUUUCAUACCCAACAACAACCGUGCAAACGGCGUCUGCAGCUGCUCGGGUUUCCAUGGAGAUAGUGGAGCGCGGGGUUUGUAUUGAGUUGGCACGCUUGAUGUUGUUGAUAUAGCUAGGUGUGUUUUUAUGCUACAGCUCUGGCCAAUUUUAACAUCAAAUUGUCAUUUAUAAACCUCAAUCUUCUGGAAUACUUGGUCAUAAAAUACACCAGGGAAAAAAAGAAUAGCAGAACUUAAUGCCCUGUUAUUAAGGAGAGAAACACAACACUCAGGUCUUCAACUUGCACAAAUGGAAAAUGGAGGACGAACCAAAAGCGUGGGAAGAGCUUCCGCGCAAGGACCCCAUCAAGGUGGAUGUUGUCUGUGCGGAGGAUCCUGAAAAUAACAUAGAGGAGACCACUGCUGCCUCAACAUCCGAGGAUAGCGAGCAGGAUUUUGAAUGCAUCGAUCUAGCCCCAUCUCCCCAAGAGCAACUCAGCGAUGAAACUGACACGUGGUCCCAGGUGUACCUGGAGAUCGAGAGAGCAGAACACUCGGAUUGCUUCCACCAGCUUGGCAUGCCAACACCUGCACAAUUAGAGAGUGCUGCGCAUCAUAACAUGCUCCCUCCAAAGCUACAGGUUUUAUUGAAGAACAUUUCAGAAGAGCUGUACCGGAUACUUCAUCUUUCCAAGCGCCCGGUCCCUCCUCCCUCACAUCACACACAAUCUCUGUCCAGUGAAGAGAUCUGGCAGCAGGACAGACAGGCACUCCUGACUACAAUACACUCACUGCAAGAUCUGGUUUCCAGACUGACUGCUGAUCGAGACAUGGCAGAGCUGGAGAAGGAUCUGAUCUCGACAGACAGGAACAGCCUGCUGGCUGAGAUAGACAGCCUAAAGGCUAAGCUGAGGGACUUCCAGCGGCAGAGCCAGGAGGAACUGCUGCAGCUGCAGGAGACCCUGAGGGGGGCUCAGGCACAGGGCAACGAGCAGGGGCUCCAGCUCCACAGCCAAGUCGAGUUCCUGGAAUAUAACCUACACCAGGGUCAGGCCAGAGCAAAUGAAGAUCUAGAGAGAUUACAGAGGUCUAACCGAGAGCUGCAGAAAGAACUCAGAGACCUGAAAUUGGUCCUGGAGAUUCAGAAGACAGACCUGCACUUAGUUGUUGAGAGCCUUGAAGAUACGCAACAGAACAUGAAAGAGAUCCAGUUCAGCCUAGAGGCCAAAACUAAGAAGUGCAGGCUGGGGACUCAGAGAGAGCGGGAGCUGGCAGCUGCCUUGAAGACCCUGCAAGACCAGAAGCAGGAGCUGAAGAGAGCCCUGAAAACAGAGAGGCAGCAGAGAGCCAAGCUGAGGGCAGAGUGUCUGCAGCUGCAGGUGAACCUCCAGACAGUCAAUGCAAGGGAGAGGAAGAGAGAGGAGCAGAGGAGGCAGGAUUGGAAGACUCUGCUAAAGAAAGUGGGGGAGGCAUUGAAAAAUCAGAACAAAUCAACCCAAAGCCUUGACCCAGUAGAGACAGUUCAGACUUUAGGAACAGCAUCCUGUGAGAAGCAGAAAUCCAGCAGAGAAGAGUCAUGCCUGUCCUCUAAGUCCUCUCCCUGUGUAGACAGAGAAGUGUCCCACACCACCAGCCUGGAAGAGCCAAUGCACCAGGAACCGCAGUCCCAGCUUGCCAACAGGUGAAGGUGAAAGUUCAAACCUGAGCAGGAUAAGCCGAGCUAAUAUAAAACGAGCCCCCAGGGAUCCUGUCGAACUUUGUGUGCAUUUUUGAGUGCAUUUUAUGUGCAGUUCCAGUGUAUAGUAUGGUUAUCCAAUUCCGUAAGAUGGUUUUGUUUUCUAGAUCCUCACAAUCUCCUGGCAGCACUGAAGACAGAACAACAACCCACUGUGAGGACAAUGAGCCCUUACUGACCGAAUACAUCAAACAUUUACAGAUCGUCCAGCAAAGAAUAAAGGGGCUACAAUCAGGUAACACCAGGGAGGAAAACAACAAAACAGCUUCUUAUCCAGAUAUACGUGCGCUUACUGAGCUUCACUGUGAGUUAUACACCACCCAGUUUAAUUCCUUCGAAAAUAACUUAUCCUCAGAUUCCGAAGUUCCACUGGGCAAGCAGAGUAGAUUACUGUAGAUAAACUAGCAAUCAACUCUCAGAACUGUUUCUUCAUAUAAGUAUUCUUGUUUCAGGAAUUCUUUUUGCACCCUUGUUCUGUGCUUUUGAUGAUUAACAAAUGACUUUCUUUGAUAUGUUUUUAUUUAGUUCAGUUUCAGAACAACGUCGAGGACUUUCUGGGAGUGGACGUGUCAAAAGAAAAAUGAAUCUGCUGAAUUGUUCUGCGAACAUAACAUCUGUGCGAUUGUUAUAUAUAUAUAAUGUAGCAGUUAAACAAUGUACACGUUUUUCAUAUAAGACUUAUCAGUGUCCAGACUACUCUCUCUUUCAUCGAUACUAUAGGAGAGUAUGAGCUCUGUGUUCUAGUUUUGAUCUUAAAACACCAGUGAGAGUUUUCGGUUUCAGUUUAUCAGCUGUGACUUGGUGGCAGCAUUGUGUGAUUCUUAGACAGUUUUGAAAAAGAAAAAUGAAACCGAGCUUUGACUCGUCUGUCCUUAAAGCCCCACCACUAGAUCAUGGCAUGUUUUUUAACAAUAAGCAAAGCCCAUCACAUAUACUGUACAUGAACAAUUAUGAAGGAUAAAGAUCAUACAUUGUCAAACUCCUGGCUUCAUUUCUUUGCUAUGAAAUGCUUUUUUAACCGUCUGAACAUAAGCGUUCCACUGCGUACUGUAUCUGUGAAGUCUACAGUAGGCCAGUGCGGUAUUAUUCAUAUAUAUUAGGCACAAUGUCACAGGUUCCUGUUUGAACCCAUUCAGUCCUCUCUUUGCACCGUAUGUCAACACCUGGUGUCCAAAACCACGUUGGAACCUCACGGGACUCCUUGGUCCCAGUCUGAGUAUAAAAAUAUAAAAAAUAAAAACGCUUUGUCCUGCUUUCAUGUAUGCUCAAUAAAGAAGUUUAUUUUUUUUUUAAUGAUAUUUUGACAAAAAUAAUUCACGACUGAAAAGGUUAAAAGGGAACCUAGUACUACAUGUGAAUGUACUAAUAGAAGAUUUUUAAAAAAAAAAAACAGUCUGCCUGUCUGUAUCGUGUCAUUUGAAGUGCAGUACAUACAGCAAUAAUGAACUUCAACUCCACAGUGAUUAGAGAAGACGUGAAACAGUGCCAACAGUAACAUAAUGGAAAUACAAGAAUCCUUCAUUUGAAACUCUCGCUUUGGAUACACUAUGCGUUUAACAUAUCAGGCACAUCUUAGUCUCAUUGUAUUAAUGUCGUGG